AUGAAUAAGGAGGCUGUGAUCCCAUACCUUCUGCAGGCGGCCAACACCAGCGUAAACGCGUCGCUGCAGCUUCAGGACUUGUGGUGGGACCUGGGGUUAGAGCUGCCUGACGGCGCGGCGCCGGGGCAUCCCCCGGGCCCCGGCGGGACAGAAAGCGCAGACACCGAGGCCCGGGUGCGGGUCCUCAUCAGCGUGGUGUACUGGGUGGUUUGCGCGCUGGGGCUGACCGGCAACCUGCUGGUGCUCUACCUGAUGAAGAGUAGGCAGGGAUGGCGCAAGUCCUCCAUCAACCUCUUCGUCACCAACCUGGCGCUAACAGACUUUCAAUUCGUACUCACCCUGCCCUUCUGGGCCGUGGAAAACGCUCUGGACUUCAAAUGGCCCUUCGGCAAAGCCAUGUGUAAGAUAGUAUCCAUAGUGACGUCCAUGAACAUGUAUGCCAGCGUCUUCUUCCUCACCUCCAUGAGCGUGGCGCGCUACCGCUCUGUGGCCUCAGCUCUUAAGAGCCACAGGACCCGAGGGCACCGCCGGUGCGACUGCUGCGGCAAAAGCCUGGGGGGCAGCUGCUGCUUCUCAGCCAAAGCACUGUGCGUGCUGAUCUGGGCCUCGGCUGCGCUGGCCUCGUUGCCCAAUGCCAUCUUCUCCACCACUAUCAAGGUGAUGGGCGAGGAGCUGUGCCUGCUUCGAUUCCCAGACAAGUUGCUGGGCUGCGACAGACAGUUCUGGCUGGGCCUCUACCACUUGCAGAAGGUGCUAUUAGGCUUCGUGUUGCCGCUGGGUAUCAUCAGCCUGUGCUAUCUGCUGCUGGUGCGCUUCAUCUCCGAUCGCAGAAUGGCAGGGACCGAAGAGGGGGCUUCAGCCGCGCGGGGCAGCCUGGCCGCAGCCAGCGCCCGGAGACGGUCCAAAGUCACCAAAUCAGUGACCAUCGUGGUCUUAUCCUUCUUCCUGUGUUGGCUCCCCAACCAGGCGCUCACCGCCUGGAGCAUCCUCAUCAAGUUCAACGCGGUGCCCUUCAGCCAAGAGUAUUUCCUCUGCCAGGUAUACGCGUUCCCGGUGAGCGUGUGCCUGGCUCAUUCCAACAGCUGUCUCAACCCCAUCCUUUACUGCCUCGUGCGCCGCGAGUUCCGCAAAGCGGUCAAGGGUCUGCUGUGGCGCAUCGCGUCGCCUUCUGUCACCAGCAUGCGCCCUUUCACCGCUACCACCAAGCCAGAGCCCGAAGAGCAGGGGCUGCAGGCCCUGGCACCUCUCCACCCGACCGCGGAGCCCGACCCGGUCUACUACCCGCCUGGCGUGGUGGUCUACAGUGGGGGGCGCUACGACCCGCUGCCCAGCAGCUCCGCCUACUGA